AUGAUAUCGCCACCGCAAUGCGUAACAAACCGCUCGAGCAGAGCGAUUGGACGACGUUCACGAGAAUCUGCCGAAUGCGCUGAAACGGAUGCUGCGCAAUUGACGAAUAACGUGAACGUGCGAGAUGCGAAACGUGUUGGCGUAGUGACCCGACGAAGUAGAGCUAGUGGCGGUGUUGGCGAAACGCGACCAAACGAUCGCAAUUCAAAUGCCACAUCAGAAACAUGUUGCAACGCUAAAGCAGAGGCCGGGGUGGAGCCGAAGAGGGCGUCGGAU